ACACACGCCGACGUCACCCUGCCUGCUCACAUCACGCACGCUCGUCUGGAUGGAAUGUGACGCCAAAGCUCCCUGAGUGAAGUCUCGCGGAGUAAAACACACCGGCCAUCUUUCUCCAUUUAUAGCAGCAGCAGGACACUUUGUGCGUCGGGAGUGUAAACCGAGUGUUGCGUUCACUUUGAUAAGCCUACAAGUUUGUGUCAAGUUUAAUUUAGUUAUCCAAGCAUCCAAACUUACAACAAACAACACACAAACCAUGUUUGUGUUCACCGCUGCAAAGUUUCUCCGCUGACAUCCCUUCCCGGAUCAAUGCUUGUUGUCUAAAAACUGUCGCACAAAUGGAAAUGGUGCCUAGCGAGGAGAACCAGUUCGUACCCAAAGAGAUCCAAAAUGCAGCCGAGGAGCCCCGAGUGCUGUGCAUCAUUCAGGACAUCACCAGUGCAAAGACGGUCAACGAGAGGCUCACCCUCAACCUGCCCGCCUCCACCACCCUCUCCAAACUUUAUGAAGAUGUUGCACACAAAGCGGGAUAUGUGAAUGGCACCUUUGAGCUGGCUUGGGGAAAUACGCCAGAAAUGGCACCACUGGACCACAGCAGUGAGAUGUCCCUCUCAGAGUCUGCGUUCGAGCCUGGUGGGAAAAGGAAUUUCCUUCAGCUAACGGACAAAGAUGGAGAGCAGCCACAGAUUGCCUCGGAUGAGUCGGGGACAGCAGACAGUAGUGGAGUGGAUGACAGUUCCCAGGAGCGAUUUAUUGGACCUCUACCUAGAGACAGCACUGCCGGCUGCAGUGGUGACUACAGCAAUCCAUCAUACUCCUACUCAUCCAUCCUCAACAAAUCAGAGACAGGUUACGUGGGCUUGGUGAACCAAGCUAUGACCUGUUAUCUGAACAGCCUCCUACAAACACUCUUCAUGACCCCUGAGUUCAGAAAUGCUCUCUACAAGUGGGCGUUUGAGGAGUCUGAGGAGGAUCCAGUCACGAGUAUCCCCUAUCAGCUGCAAAGGCUGUUUGUUUUGCUGCAGACCAGUAAGAAACGGGCAAUUGAGACCACUGAUGUGACGCGGAGCUUCGGCUGGGACAGCAGUGAGGCUUGGCAGCAGCAUGAUGUCCAGGAGCUGUGCAGGGUCAUGUUUGAUGCCCUGGAGCAGAAGUGGAAGCAGACAGAGCAGGCUGACCUGAUCAACCAGCUGUACCAGGGGAAGCUGAAGGAUUACGUCCGCUGUCUGGAGUGUGGCUAUGAGAGCUGGAGGAUUGACACGUACCUGGACAUCCCUCUUGUGAUCAGACCCUUUGGAGCCAGCCAGGCCUACGGCAGUGUGGAAGAGGCUUUGCAGGCAUUUAUCCAACCAGAAACUCUGGAUGGGCCUAACCAGUACUUCUGUGAACGCUGCAAGAAGAAAUGUGACGCCCGUAAGGGUCUGAGAUUUCUGCACUUUCCCUACCUGCUGACACUCCAGCUGAAGCGCUUCGACUUUGACUACACCACUAUGCAUCGCAUCAAGCUGAACGACCGCAUGACUUUCCCAGAGGAGCUUGACAUGAGUCCGUUCAUGGAUGUGGAGGAUGAGAAGUCGCCUCAGACAGAGAGCUGCACUGACAGUGGAGCUGAGAAUGAAGGCAGUUGCCACAGUGACCAGAUGAGCAACGAUUUUUCCACCGAUGAUUGUGUGGAUGAAGGCAUUUGUUUGGACAGCACCGGCAGCACAGAGAGGGUGCUGAAGCCAAAGAGUCUUCUGACCUUCGAACUGUUCUCCGUCAUGGUCCACUCUGGGAGUGCUGCGGGCGGCCACUACUACGCCUGCAUCAAAUCCUUCAAUGACGGGCAGUGGUACAGCUUCAACGAUCAGCACGUUAGCAAGAUCACCCAUGAUGAUAUCAGGAAGACUUAUGGGGGGUCCUCAGGGAGCAGAGGCUAUUAUUCCAGUGCCUUUGCAAGCUCUACAAAUGCAUACAUGUUGAUAUAUAGAUUGAAAGAUUCCUCAAGGAAUGCAAAGUAUUUAUCAGUGGACGACUUCCCCGAGCACAUAACGAGUUUGGUUCAGAAGGAGAAAGAGUCGGAAGAGCAGGAGAAGCGUCAGAGAGAGAUCGAGCGCAACACUUGCAAGAUAAAGCUGUUCUGCGUGCAUCCUGUGAAGACGAUGAUGGAGAGCAAGCUAGAAGUACACAAAGACAAAACUCUCAGAGAAGCGACAGAGAUGGCUUACAAGCUGAUGGAGCUGGAGGGAACGGUCUCUCUGGACUGCUGCCGCUUGGUAAAGUAUGACGAGUUCCACGAAUACCUGGAGCGCUCCUAUGAAGGCGAGGAGGACACGCCAAUGGGCCUUCUGCUGGGAGGAGUCAAGUCUUCGUAUAUGUUUGACUUGCUGCUGGAGACGCGCAAACCUGAACAAGUGUUCCAGCCUUACAAACCCGGAGAGGUGAUGGUGAAGGUUCAUGUUGUGGAUCUGAAGAGUGAGACCAUCGCCUCUCCAAUCAGUGUUCGGGCGUACCUGAACCAGUCCAUCACUGAAUUCAAACAGCUUAUUGCACAGGCUACAGGGCUAUCUGCAGAGAACAUGCGAGUGGUCUUGGAGCGCUGCUACAAUGACCUCCGGCUCUUGUAUGUCCCAAACAAGACAUUGAAAGCUGAGGGGUUCUUCAGGAGUAACAAGGUUUUUGUGGAGAGCUCUGAGUCGCCGGAUCGUCAGAUUGCUUUCACCGACUCCCUUCUGUGGAAACUGUUGGACCGUCAUGGGAACACGAUUCGACUCUUGGUCUUACUGCCUGAGCAGUCUCCUGGCACUCUGGCCAACAGAACUUCUAGCCAAAAAGCAGGCGGUGACUCUGAGGAGUCCUGUGAGGGGUCAAAGGGUAACAGGAAAUCUGUGGAGGCUAUCCUGGAGGAGAGCACAGAAAAGUUAAAGAAUCUGUCUCUGCAGCAGCAGCAGCAGCAACAGCAGCAACAGCAGCAACAGCAGCAACAGCAGCAGGGCUCGAGCACCAGUGACAGCCAGAAAAGCUCUGACGCCAGUGACUUUGAACAUAUUGAAUCCCUGACACAGGAGGCCGACUCAAACUCUUCGCUCUGUGUGGCUGCAGACAACAGAGAGUUAGAGAACCGGAUCAGGGCUGUGGUAGGGAGCAGCAGCGGCACCUCCUCUGACCCUGAAAACCACUUUGCCUGUGAGGAGCGCUCGGACUCUGAGGUGAACAAUGACCGCAGCACCAGCUCAGUGGACAGUGACAUCCUAAGCUCCAGCCACAGUAGCGACACACUUUGUAAUGCGGACAGCGGGCCAAUACAGCUGGCCAACGGAUUGGACUCGCACAGCAUCACAAGUAGCCGUCGCUCCAAAGCCCACGAGGGCAAAAAAGAGACCUGGGACACCGCUGAAGAGGACUCUGGAACGGACAGCGAGUACGACGACAACGGGAAGAGCAAGGCAGAAGCCCAGUACCUCUACUUCAGGACGGAGCCUUGUUCUCAGGACGACGCCACCUGGGGUGCACAAAAAUGUUUAGUCGUUCACGUGGACAAGAGGAUCACUUUAGCAGCGUUCAAACAGAACCUGGAGCCCUAUGUGGGCGUCGCCUCCACACAGUUUAAGGUGUUUCGGGUGUACGCCAACAACCAGGAGUUUGAGAGCGUACGAUUAAACGAAACCCUCUCAUCGUUCUCUGAUGACAACAAGAUAACUAUCCGACUAGGCCGAGCACUGAAAAAGGGUGAAUACAGAGUGAAGGUGUAUCAACUACUACUGAAUGAAACAGAGCCCUGCAAGUUCCUCGUAGACACGGUAUUUGCCAAGGGCAUGACUGUCAGACAGUCUAAGGAGGAGCUGCUCCCUCAGUUAAAAGAGCAUUGCAAGCUUGACCUCAGCAUUGACAGGGUCCGUCUCAGGAAAAAGACAUGGAAGAACCCAGGCACAGUGUUUCUGGACUAUCAUGUGUACGAAGAAGACAUAAGCAUCUCCUCCAACUGGGAGGUUUUCCUGGAGGUUCUUAAUGACCCAGAGAAGAUGAAGUCCAUGUCCCAGCUGGCUGUUCUGACUCGGCGAUGGAACCCGUCUACAAUGAAGCUCGGACCCUUCCAGGAAGUUAUUCUGGAAAGCAGCAGUGUAGAGGAACUCAAGGAGAAGCUCAGUGAAAUGAGUGAGAUUCCUCUUGAACAGCUGGAGUUUGCGAAGGGGAGAGGAACAUUUCCUUGUGAUAUUUCUGUCUUGGAGAUCCAUCAAGAUUUGGACUGGAACCCAAAGGUGUCGACUCUUAACGUGUGGCCACUUUACAUCUGUGAUGACGGAGCUGUGGUCUUUUACAGGGACACCACAGAGGAGCCCAUGGAGCUGUCAGAGGACGAGCGCAAUGAGCUGAUGAAGAAGGAGAGCAGCCGCCUGCUCAAAACUGGACACCGCGUCAGCUACUCCCCACGCAAGGAGAAGGCCCUCAAGAUCUACCUGGACGGAGGCCCUGCCAAGGACUCAGGGCAGGACUGAGCAAAUAGCACCGCCCUCUGUCUUUUUUGGACCGUGUGGCUGCUGCAGCGAAGCUAACAGGCUUACAUGACUCAGUAUGAGUGUCAGGCCUGAUAGAUACUUGAACACCACCCAGCGCUGUGAGGCUAACAGGCUCUCACUUUCCACUCUGAGCCACAAGAGAGGCUCAGAAAUCCUAUUGUGCACUAUAGUGUAUUGUACUGUAAAGUUUAAAGGGAAGUACGAAAGCUAUUGAAUACAGAAAAAGAAUCAAAUAAUGUAUAGACAAAUCAAUUAAAAAGCCCCAGAGGUGGAUGCAGAGAUGUUUGAAUUAUGAAAGUAGGCUGGAAGACAUCCAUCCUGUCUGUCUAAGUCUCCUGUCUCCUUUCCCAUCAGUCUCCCUUCAUCGCGUGUUCCUCUCCCUGUUUCAGAAAUACUCCUGAUUCUGAUUCAUCUCUAGUAAGUCUGCGGUGUUCGCACCUUUUUGAGUACCAAUCAUCUCUCUGAUAUCGCUCUCCUUCCUUUAAGUACUUAAAAACCAACAGCACAUACAACUGAAAACUACUUAUCCAGCCUUUUUUUUUAGUCUGGCCUCUUCUUGAGGGGCAAACCUCACUCUCAGUGACUUUGACAAGGUGACACAAUGAUUCUGAAGAAUUCAUCAAUCAAGAAAAGCAACAAUUAAAGACGUGUAAAUUUGACUUCUCCUCUAA